AAUGACUUAUCUGUGAUUACUUAGUGAUAAGAGAUGUUUGGGAAUUAUUAGUCGUCAUGGUAUUCACAAGGGCAGUUGUAGUUUCGUGGGGCAUUUUUUUAAUUUAUUUAAAUUCUGUCCAAGCGCAAAAAUGUGAUGCACGAGAUUUUAGUAAAAAAUUACAACCAAAGGUUUGUCCUGAUGGACAGUUUUGCAACGUGUCUACAAGCCGAUGUAAUACAUGCGGCCAGUGUUAUGAUAUUUUUGAAAACAAUAUCAAAAUCAAAAAAGGCGAUAUUGAAACUAUCUUACGAAACUUGAUUGAAAAAUAUCGAAAACAGCUGACUGAGUUGCAAAAAGCGCUAGAAACGUUACUCAAAAAUAUUGAGCAACUUGAAACUGAACUAAAACUGUUAAAUAUUAUGAACAAUCAAGUCAAGAGGAGGAUGAACAAUCUUCAAGAACAAAUAAAACAAUUACAGAAAGACAUUAAAAAAGUCGAGGAAGCGCUAAAAAAAAUUGGGGAGGAUGUUGUGGCAGAGUUGAAAACCAUCAAAGAUAAGAUAAAAAACAUACAAGACAGACUGAAGAAAUUAAAUUUCGAUACUGAUAACAUCGCGCUUCUCAAUAUCGACAAAUUUAACAAUAUUACGAAUAAUUUGGACGAUAUGGAGCGACGAUUUCCGAAAAUUGACAACACAUCUUUAAACUUAGCACUUUCCAUUGAGAGCGAUAUCGAUUUACUCGAAUCCAUUAUAAAAUCGUUUGAAGGUAACGGCACUACUUUUCCCCAAAAUGCAAAAGCUAGCACAAACUGGAUAGAACCGGACUUACUUUGGUUAAUUAACGUACUAACUAAUUACGAAAAUGUGUCUAUUGACGUGGAUUCUCUUAAACGAAACGCUUCCAAUGCUAAAUUCGACGCUCAACAAACUCUAUCGACUCUUAAUCCCCUCAUUAAAAAACACGAAGACUUUGAAAAACAUGUCAAGGAGUUGGAACCUGAAAUUGCAUUUUAUCAAGACUUAGAUAAAUUACUGAAAGACCUCCAGUUGUUAGAACAACAAAUCAAAGAUUUCGAAAAACUGUUAAAAAUUUGGCGCCGAAAACUACAUCUCCAUAAGGAAGUCACGGCUUUCCAAAAAGAGAGAAGACGACUCGACAAGAAAGAAGAAAAGUUUAAGAAGAAAUACCAACUGGAGUUGGACCCAUUAUGGCGGGAAUUAAACAACGUGCUUGAACAGUACGAAUCUCUGACAAUUACAAAAUCUGUCGACGAAAUUCCAGACGAUAUCGAACGGAUAAUCAAGGAAAUUGAAGAAAUUCAAGGGCAAAUUUUGUCGCAUUGCAGUUCGGCUAAAUUGAGUGUUAAGAGGGGUUAGAUUUUUUAGUGUGUACUUAGACACUUAUUUUCUUUUAUUAAUAAAAAACUUACUUAGAAUAUUACAA